AUGGACGAUCAAACCCAAUUUACAGAGAAGGCAUUGAGUAUUUUGACCAUUGCCCAAAAACUAGCACAAGAUCACCAACAUGCACAGCUACAACCCGUGCAUCUGUUGGCAGCUUUUGUGGAAACACCAGAAGAUGGAUCGAAGCCAUAUCUGCAAAAUCUGAUCGAGAAGGCUCGCUACGACUACGACGUGUUCCGCAGAUGCGUUAAUAAGCAUCUGGUGAGGAUCCCACAGCAGACUCCAGCACCUUCUCAGAUUUCCCCAAGUUACAGUUUGGGUCAGGUUCUGCAAGAGGCCGCCAAGAUCCAGAAACAACAAAAAGAUUCAUUCAUUGCUCAGGACCACAUUCUGUUUGCACUAUUCGAGAAUUCCAGCAUACAAGAAAUCUUCAAAGAAGCAGCAGUGCAAAUUGAAUCAGUGAAACAGCAAGCCCUUGAGCUUCGUGGUAACCAAAAAAUAGACUCCCGCGGCGCAGACACCAACGAGGCCCUAGAAUACCUCUCAAAAUACGCUAUCGAUAUGACAGAACAGGCCCGUCAGGGUAAACUGGACCCUGUCAUCGGUAGAGAAGAGGAGAUUAGAGGAACCAUCCGUGUCCUAGCCCGUAGAAUCAAGUCCAACCCUUGUCUAAUCGGUGAGCCCGGUAUCGGUAAAACUGCGAUCAUCGAGGGUGUUGCACAAAGAAUCAUCGAUGAUGACGUACCCAGCAUUUUAUUCGGCUCUAAACUCUUCAGUUUGGAUUUGGCCGCGUUGACUGCUGGUGCAAAAUACAAAGGUGACUACGAAGAAAGGCUUAAGGGUGUGUUAAAAGAAAUCGAACAGUCUAAGACCCUCAUUGUUCUGUUUAUCGACGAAAUCCACAUGCUGAUGGGGAACGGAAAAGACGAUGCAGCCAACAUUUUGAAACCAGCCCUUUCGAGAGGCCAGUUGAAGGUCAUCGGUGCUACUACCAACAACGAGUACCGUGCCAUUGUUGAAAAAGACGGAGCUUUCGAGAGAAGAUUCCAAAAAAUUGAUGUACAAGAACCCACCGUGAGGCAAACAGUUGCUAUUUUGAGAGGGUUACAACAGAAGUAUGAAAUUCAUCACGGUGUGAGAAUUUUAGACAGUGCUCUUGUAACGGCAGCUCAGUUGGGUAAAAGAUACCUUCCUUACAGAAGACUUCCCGACUCCGCUCUCGAUCUGGUCGAUAUAUCGUGCGCUGGUGUCGCAGUGGCCAGAGACUCUAAACCUGAGGAGCUAGACUCCAAAGAGCGUGAGUUGCAGCUAAUCCAGGUGGAAAUCAAAGCUUUGGAGAGAGAUGAAGAAGCAGACCCAACUACCAAAGACCGCCUAACACAGGCUAGACAAAAGGAAGCUUCUUUACAGGAAAAUUUGAAGCCAUUGAGGCAACGUUACGAAGAGGAGAGAAAGGGUCACGAAGAAUUGACAAGAGCCAAGAAGAAGUUGGAAGAACUUGAAAACAAAGCAGCGGAUGCCGAGCGUCGUUACGAUACAGCAACCGCUGCAGACUUGAGAUACUUUGCAAUUCCCGACUUGAAAAAGCAAAUCGAGACUCUAGAAAAUCAGGUUGCCGAAGAAGAAAGACGUGCAGGUUCCGGUACAAUGGUUCAGAAUGUUGUUGACAGUGACACCAUUGCCGAGACCGCCGCCAGACUAACUGGUAUUCCAGUCAACAAGCUGACCGAGUCUGAAAACGAGAAACUGAUCCACAUGGAAAGACAUCUUGCUUCCGAAGUUGUGGGCCAGCUUGAGGCCAUCAAAGCAGUUUCCAACGCAGUCCGACUAUCGAGAUCCGGUCUAUCCAAUCCUAGACAACCUGCAUCGUUCUUGUUUUUGGGAUUGUCUGGUUCAGGUAAAACCGAAUUAGCCAAGAAAAUUGCCGCUUUCUUGUUUAACGAUGCGGAUGCCAUGAUCAGAGUCGACUGUUCCGAAUUGAGCGAAAAGUACUCGGUCUCAAAACUUUUGGGAACCACCGCGGGCUAUGUUGGUUAUGAUGAAGGUGGCUUUUUAACAAACCAAUUGCAAAGAAAACCAUACUCUGUUUUGUUGUUCGAUGAGGUCGAGAAGGCUCACCCCGAUGUCCUCACAGUCAUGCUGCAAAUGCUGGACGACGGUAGAUUGACCUCGGGACAAGGCAAGACCAUUGACUGUUCCAACUCGAUCAUCAUCAUGACCUCGAACCUGGGUGCAACUUUCUUGAGUUCCCAGUCCGGUUCUCGUGUUGACGACUCCACCAAGUCAUUGGUCAUGGGCGCUGUGAGACAGCACUUCAGACCCGAAUUCUUGAACAGGAUUUCCAGCAUUGUGGUGUUUAACAAGCUAUCUCCUAAGGCUAUUCACAAGAUCGUGGACAUACGGCUCAAGGAAAUUGAGGAUAGAUUUGAGGAAAAUGAUAAGCAUUACAAGCUUGACGUAUCCAAGGAGGCGAAAGAUUUCUUGGCCAAGAACGGUUAUUCUGAAGACAUGGGAGCCAGACCGCUUAACCGUUUGAUUCAAAAUGAGAUUCUCAAUAGAAUGGCGAUCAGAAUCCUGAAGAAACAAAUUAAAGACAAGGAGACCGUCAGGGUUGUCUUCAAAGCCGGUCACGGAGAAGAGCCCGACGAGCUUGAUGUUCUGCCCAACCACGAAAGUAGCGAUAUCGACAUGGACGUGGAUGACGACUGGGACGAACUAGACGAAGGGUUCGCGGACGGCACACCACUGGACUAA